UCAACAAAGCCAACUCAUUCCAUUCGUAACCUCCCACAAAUUCUCAACCUAACAAACUCCAAUUUUCAAAAAUGGAACUAAGGCAAAGAUCAUCAUCAAUCCCCACAUCCCCAAACGCCGAAAACGACGCCGUUUCACUCAUACCGCCGAGCACCGUCCCGUCUCCCCAGACGGUGCUCACCCGGGCCCUCCAGAGCUCGGCGAACCUCGCCAACCUCCUCCCGACCGGCACCAUCUUCGCCUUCCAGCUCCUCACGCCGCUCGCCACCAACGGCGGCGUAUGCGACCAGCUGGCCACGAGGAGGCCAGCGGGCCUCCUCGUGGCCCUGGCCUUCUCCUGCUUCCUGGCCUCGUUCACGGACAGCCUAAAGUGCUCGAACGGAGACGUGCACUACGGCUUCGUGACGAGGAAGGGGCUGUGGCUGUUCGACAGCCCCGACGCCGCGACGCUGCCGGAUUUGGGGAAGUUCCGGCUGAGGGGGAUGGAUUUGGUGCAUGCCUUUUUGUCGCUGGUGGUGUUUGCGGCGGUGGCGCUGAGGGAUAAGAAUGUGGUGGGGUGCUUCUACCCGGCGCCGCGGAAUGAGGUGCAGAAGUUUCUAGAUGUUGCGCCGAUGGCGGUUGGAUUCGUAUGUAGUUUGUUGUUUGUGAUUUUUCCGACCAAGAGGCAUGGGAUUGGUUAUCCUGUCACGAGGGAUUAGUUCUUGAGAUUUGUUUUAUUUUUCAGCAAAAACUCUGGUCCGUGCAUUCUCAUUUCCCUUUACUUAUUGGUUAGAGGGAAAAACGUCUUAUCAACUGAAAGAGGGAAAAACGUCUUAUCAACUGAAAUACGCUUCAUUGUUGGUUGUUUUAAAUUUGUUGGUUUUCCAUUAUGUAUUUUGAUUAUACAUGUUGAUUGUUUGUGUUGUUGCUGCAAAAAGAGGAAAGAAGAAAUUUCUAAAUGAAUAUGACAUUUGUUUAUUAUGUUAA